AUGCCUUCAUCAGCACAAAAGUCGGACGUCGCGGCCUCUCUCUCCAAGCUCUCAUUAGACGGCGACAAAAAGUCCGCCAAGGCAAAGACCAAGAAGCCCGUCGUGGAUUCCUGGGAAGACGAAGACCUGUCCUCCGACGAGGAAGAGGAAGAGGAAGCCAAGCCUCAAAACGACGGCUCCAAGGCCCCUCCCCCAACCCCCAUUUCUCCAACACACAGCCCGGCGUCACACGCUUUCCCGUCUUACGGCAACACGGAUCCCACGGGCGCGCCUCUGCCCGGGGGCGGCGGCAGCGACGGUGGCCCGCGCCGUCCUGAGAAGACGGACGCGGUGGCCAGGCGUAUGAUCGCCAGCGCUCUUGGCGUCAAGGUGCCCAAGCAGACGGAAGAGCAGAAGGCUUACGACAGGGCCGUCCGGGAAAAGGAGCGCAAGCGAAGGGAGGAGGAGAAGGCGGCGGAGAAGAGGAAGCAGGAGGAGACGGAGAGGGCCAAGGCUGCCAUCUGGGAGGACUAG